GGUACACCACAUCACGGCCAAGCCUGGCGCAUAUUUAUACUUUGCUUUUCGAGCUUUUAUAUGUUCGUAGAGCCGAAUGCUGGAGUGGUUUUUUUCUUUUCCUUUUUUUUGGCAUAAAUUUGCCUUCAAAGUCCGUCUCAUCUAGUAGUAACACAGGGCUUAUACAGCCAGAUUGGCUUACCACCACCAAAAGAUAAUUUCUUCAAAUGCCACGGCUCUCACCGCCGGCCAUCCGGCGCUUACACGCCAACACGCCGCUCCUGGCCGCUCUGCUCCCCACUUGCAAAACCCUGAACUCGGCGCACAACGAGCUGCGCUGGAUCCGCGAGCACGUGUGGUCUUGCACCCUCGCGCCGCAGUUCCAGAGCAUCGCAGAGGCUAAAGGCAACGACGAGAAGAGCAGGAAUGCCCUGCUCCGCCGUCUAUGCCGCCUCAGGGGCCGCGGGUAUCCGCUCCAGUAUAUCCUGGGCACCCAGCCCUUCGGCCGCCAUAUCGAUAUUAAGUGCCGUCCCGGGGUCUUGAUCCCGCGCCCCGAGACGGAGGCUUGGACUACGCAUCUCGCUAAGCUUAUGCGCAGGGCCUGGAAAGUGAAUAGGCAUAUGAAGGGGGAGGGGAUACAUGCGCAUCUGAGGAUUCUCGAUCUGUGUACAGGUUCCGGUUGCAUCGCGCUGCUAUUGCAUUCCCUCUUAUUCCGCAAGUUUCCGAAGAUACGUGUCCAGGGGCUCGAUAUCGAACCUAGGGCCGUCUCGCUGGCGAAGGAGAACCUCGCGUAUAAUGUAGAGCGCGGCUUGCUCCAGCAACAAAAUGCCGACGCUAUCUCGUUCGAGGAGACGGAUAUCUUCUCUGCGGACUGGCUCGCGCCGAUCCUCGAGCAAGUGAGCUUUUCUCUUACUGAUAACCCACGAGGCAGACUACUGCACUCGGAGAGAGGCGCCGUAGAUAUACUCGUCUCCAACCCGCCGUAUAUAUCACGAGAGGGGUUCGACCGCGACACGGAACGUUCGGUGCGCAACCACGAACCCCGUCUCGCUCUAGUCCCGGAGCCGUUGGCGGAUAACCCGUCAUAUGCGACUGUCCUGCCCGAAGACGUGUUCUACGCUAGGAUUCUGGAUGUCGCAGAGAUACUCCGGCCGCGGUUUGUGGUCCUUGAGGUGGGCGACUUGGCGCAGGCUGUCCGCGUGGUGCAGAUGGCGCGUGAACGCAAUAGCGACGCAGAAGAAGUCGAGAUAUGGAGAGAUUGGCCGGAUAUGCAACCUCGUGAAGGCGAGCCGGAGAGCGUGGACGUGGCCGGUAUGACUGUGCCGGUCAGGGGUAGUGGUAAUGGAAGGGUUGUGUUUCUUCGUCGGCUUAAUUUAUACGAAUAUGAAAACAAAUCCAAUCGUAAAGCAAUACAAAGGCCCUGGAAUAUAUGUUAGGUAGGUUAGGUAGGUACCCGAUCUUUAACACGACAUAUAUUAUUAUAUACACGACGGGAGCGGUAUUUACAGCUAAUAGUAUACAGCCAGCUACCUACCUAUGUACCCUAUAUAUAUAUACGAAUAUUACUCCAUCCCCCCAAAAAUACCACACGGGCGCAUCUACUCUCUUCACGGCUUGGUGAACUUAUCGAAGAACUCCAUGAUUAUCUGCGACGCCUGGAUAUGCGUCGGCCCCUGUCCCGCCGCCACCUGCGAGAAGUUGAUCUCGGUCGACGCCCAGCAGUGUCCCAUAUCAUCGACCUUCCAAUGCUGCAACACGCCCUCCUCGCCCCCGCAGUUGUUCCAAGUAGUAUGAUGCACGUCGCCACCAAAGCUAUCCUCGACCAGCUUCGCGCCGUCGUCGCACCCGUUCCGCUGCGCCCACCACCCGAGCCAGGUCGGAAUACUCGGCUCCUCGCCGCCCUCGCCGUCUCCCCCGUCGUAGCGCACGCUGCCGUCCGCGCC